AGAAGCAGCACGCCUGGGAUUCUCUAGCCCUUGGUAAAUUUCGCAGUUCGGUGUGUCAAUAGGCUAUCCUCAGCUGGGCGAGUGAGGAGGUUAGGAGUUCGGCGAAGGUGGAGGUUCCGUCGUUUGAAGCCAUGUUUGAAUGCGUGCUUUCCCACGCAGCCUACGUUUCUAUCGUCUGAAUGUCCGUUCGCCAACACGUGCGCUCCUCACAACGUGUCUCACUAUAGCGUAUCCCCACCUCGUCCAAGCAUCCACGAUAUCGCAUACUGUGUCUUCCUACGACGAUUUCCUGUUUAUUCGGCCCACGGAUAGACUGACACUUUCUUCCUGCAUGCCUUGACGCAAGCACUUCCUCCCACAGCACCCUUUUAUUCGUCGCACCGCCGUCCUCCGCCCGAAAUUCACAACCGAGCAAUCCUCGUAGUAGCCUCACGGAGCCACUGUAGCCGCCUCCAUGGAACGCCCCGUGCUAGUCUUUCUCCUCGUGCUCAUCGCAUCGUGCUUCGCGGCGCGGGUCGCAGCGUCGUCGUGCAUCACGGCGUGCACGGUGCCGGGGACGGAGUACGCAAAUGCCAAAUGCGUCAAACAUUGCACGACAUGCGUGGCCGACACACCCUCAUCGUGUAACGCGUUUUUCCGGCCCGCAUGGAGCCCCUCGUACCGUUAUAUCCGCUACGAGUGCGCGACGAGCUGUCCGCCCACGCUCGCCUGGUCGCAGUUCCUGCUGGUUACCGUCGCAAUUCUCUUCGUUUCUGUCGCCGUCGGCGUCACUUUCUAUGCGUGCAUAACAAUGAGGGUCCGCUGACGUGCACCCGUCAGGUACAGCUCACCCCUUCCAUCAGACGAUUCUCCCUUCAAACUAUAGCGGCCGUUAUGGUACCUAUUUGGCUUUCCAAGUCUUGCGGGGGAUGGUGCGGCAUGGUGCAGCCACCUCUCAAGUGGCAAUUGGAAACAUGAAACUGUCGGAAGUCAAGAGGAAGAGGACGUGGUUUAUGCGGUCAGCUCUCACGUUGUUCUAGCAAAUAGGGUAAUUUAUGUGGGUGUAGGGUAAUUUAGCUGCUGGAUGUGGGUUCUGCCAAAUGUUGCUUGAUGGGUAGGUUGUCUUGUUGCUGGUUCCCAUCUUUGUACAAAUAUUGAGGAC